CCGCCGCCGCCAUAAAAAAAAAAAAAAAUAUGGCGGAGCCUUGCGCAAGUGCGGGCUUGUCACACUCAACAUGGCGAAGAUUUGCUCUCCACCAGGUGGCGUAAGCGAAACGUCCCGGAAGCUCCGUCGCGCGUUUUUGCGUUUGCCGUGGCGGGAGCGAGAGUUUGGAGAUUCGCGCCUCUGCGCUGAGUGGCAAAGCGCGGACCCGACCGCAGUCCGGUCCCUGCCGCCUUCUGGAGCCGCGCCCUCCGCUCGCUGACAGCCGCGCUCUGUCCCGCCGCCACCUGUCCCGUAGCCGCGUCUCCGAGCCCGGGGUCGCCUCAGCCACUGGCCGCGAUGCAUGUGAUCAAGCGAGAUGGUCGCCAAGAGCGGGUUAUGUUUGACAAAAUUACCUCUAGAAUCCAGAAGCUUUGUUAUGGACUCAAUAUGGAAUUCGUUGAUCCAGCUCAGAUCACCAUGAAAGUAAUCCAAGGAUUAUAUAGUGGGGUCACCACUGUGGAACUAGAUACUUUGGCUGCCGAGACAGCUGCGACCUUGACCACCAAGCACCCUGACUAUGCUAUCCUGGCCGCAAGGAUUGCAGUCUCUAACUUGCACAAGGAAACAAAGAAAGUAUUCAGUGAUGUGAUGGAAGACCUGUACAACUACAUAAAUCCACAUAAUGGCAAGCACUCGCCUAUGGUGGCCAAAUCAACAUUGGAUAUUGUUUUAGCAAAUAAAGAUCGCCUGAAUUCUGCCAUAAUCUAUGACCGAGAUUUUUCUUACAAUUACUUUGGCUUUAAAACACUAGAGAGGUCCUAUUUGUUGAAGAUCAAUGGAAAAGUGGCUGAAAGACCACAACAUAUGUUGAUGAGGGUAUCUGUGGGAAUUCACAAAGAAGAUAUUGAUGCUGCCAUUGAAACAUACAACCUUCUUUCUGAGAAGUGGUUUACACAUGCCUCUCCGACUCUCUUCAAUGCUGGUACCAACCGCCCACAACUUUCUAGCUGUUUCCUUCUCAGUAUGAAAGAUGAUAGCAUUGAAGGCAUUUAUGACACUUUAAAACAAUGUGCACUGAUUUCCAAGUCUGCUGGAGGAAUUGGUGUUGCUGUGAGUUGUAUUCGAGCUACUGGCAGCUACAUUGCUGGGACUAAUGGCAAUUCCAAUGGCCUUGUACCUAUGCUGAGAGUAUAUAACAACACAGCUCGCUAUGUGGAUCAAGGUGGGAACAAGCGACCUGGAGCAUUUGCUAUUUACCUGGAGCCUUGGCAUUUGGACAUCUUUGAGUUCCUUGAUUUAAAGAAGAACACAGGAAAGGAAGAGCAGCGUGCUCGGGACCUUUUCUUUGCCCUUUGGAUUCCAGAUCUUUUCAUGAAACGAGUAGAGACUAAUCAGGACUGGUCUUUGAUGUGUCCGAAUGAGUGUCCUGGUCUGGAUGAGGUUUGGGGAGAAGAAUUUGAGAAGCUAUAUGAAAGCUAUGAGAAAGAGGGCCGUGUCCGAAAAGUUGUGAAAGCUCAGCAGCUUUGGUAUGCCAUCAUUGAAUCUCAGACAGAAACAGGUACCCCCUACAUGCUUUACAAAGAUUCCUGCAAUCGGAAAAGUAAUCAGCAGAACUUGGGAACCAUCAAAUGCAGCAACCUGUGCACAGAAGUAGUAGAAUACACCAGCAAAGAUGAAGUUGCAGUGUGUAACUUGGCUUCCCUAGCCCUGAAUAUGUAUGUGUCAUCAGAACACGUGUAUGACUUUAAGAAGUUGGCCGAUGUCACCAGAGUCAUUGUCCGAAACUUGAAUAAAAUUAUUGAUAUUAACUACUACCCUAUCCCAGAGGCAAGCUUAUCCAAUAAACGCCAUCGCCCUAUUGGAAUUGGGGUACAAGGUUUGGCAGAUGCUUUUAUUCUGAUGAGAUACCCUUUUGAGAGUCCGGAAGCCCAGUUAUUGAACAAGCAGAUCUUUGAGACGAUUUAUUAUGGAGCCUUGGAUGCCAGCUGUGAUCUUGCCAAGGAACUUGGUCCAUACGAAACCUACGAGGGCUCUCCAGUCAGCAAAGGAAUCCUACAGUAUGAUAUGUGGAAUGUUACUCCCACAGGUUUAUGGGACUGGAAAUUUCUUAAGGAGAAGAUUGCAAAAUAUGGUAUUAGAAACAGUUUGCUUAUUGCACCGAUGCCUACUGCUUCAACUGCUCAGAUUCUGGGAAAUAAUGAGUCCAUUGAACCUUAUACGAGCAACAUUUACACUCGCAGAGUAUUAUCAGGAGAAUUUCAGAUUGUAAAUCCUCACUUACUGAAAGAUCUUACUGAGCGGGGUUUGUGGAAUGAAGAGAUGAAAAACCAGAUUAUUGCAUGCAGUGGCUCUAUCCAGAGUAUACCAGAAAUUCCUGCUGACCUGAAACAACUUUAUAAGACCGUGUGGGAAAUAUCACAGAAAACAGUUCUCAAGAUGGCAGCUGACAGAGGAGCUUUCAUUGAUCAAAGCCAGUCUUUGAACAUCCAUAUUGCUGAGCCGAACUAUGGCAAACUCACUAGUAUGCACUUCUAUGGCUGGAAGCAGGGUUUGAAGACGGGAAUGUAUUACUUAAGGACCAGACCUGCAGCUAAUCCGAUUCAGUUCACUCUAAAUAAGGAGAAGCUGAAAGAGAAAGAAAAGACAUCAAAGGAGGAAGAAGAGAAAGAGAGAAAUACAGCAGCCAUGGUGUGCUCACUGGAGAACAGGGAUGAGUGUUUGAUGUGUGGGUCCUGACCAGCACUUGAUAGUCAGACUGAGUUGCAGCGUAGGUAGGUGUAGUAGGUUUGCGUGAAGUGGUGUCCUUAUCUUUGGACAUUACUGCAGGGAAGUAGGUUUCAUUGCUCCUCUGGCACCAUUUGACCGGGAAAUGAAACUGAAGACUUUUCACUGUGCGAAGCAUAAAUAUCACCUUUCUUAAAUAAGUCAUUCUGAAAUAAAGAUGAUAAUUUCUAAGUA